AGGAUUGUUUUUGAUCCUUCCAUUUCCAAAAUAAAGUUGCCGUUAGUGCUGGAGAUGCUGUCGUCAGGAUUCAUUCCACAAAGAGCAAGAUAUAAAAAUAUCUCUCUGACAAGGAUUUCCUCCUUUUCCCAUCCUCUUGGCAUGAACACCAGGAGAGGAUCCCAGGCUGAUUGGAGGCGUCAUGCUGUCGUCAGUUUGAAUCCCAGUGGUGGAGAAAGAAAUGUGAAUUACAACCAGCUAAUGGUGGAGAAAAAGAGACUCAGGGAGAUGCAAAAGCUCUUUGUGUUUUCUAGAUGUUUCCUGAAGGCUGGCUUGUUUGGAAAGCCUCAUCACUCUGGGAGCAGCUGCAUGGUUCACGCUGGAGCUGAGAAGUUUCAUCUCAGAUUCUUCCUCUUGCCCUGAGAACUAGCAGGAAGGGUCACUCCUGGAUGGACAUUUGUCUGAGUAGCAGGUUUGGAUCCUAGUUAAUUAAGUCUCUCAAUCACCGUUGUCCCUGUGCUGAGGUUGGACUGCUUUCCCUCUGACAUCUCAAUUGGGAAAGGCAGAAACUCUCCAGAUGACUUCCAAUGAUGAUCAGAUUUGUAUCCCAAUGUCACAAAGAAACACCAAUGGCCUGCCUGGGAUGACCUCCAGUGACCUGAAGACAUUUACCGAGGGGGCUGUGUUGAGUUUUCAUAACAUCUACUAUCGAGUAAAAGUGAAGAGUGGCUUUCUCCUUGGUCGGAAAACAGUUGAGAAAGAAAUACUAUCGAAUAUCAAUGGGAUCAUGAAACCUGGUCUUAAUGCCAUUCUGGGACCCACGGGUGGAGGCAAAUCUUCAUUGCUAGAUGUUUUAGCUGCAAGGAAAGAUCCACAUGGAUUAUCUGGAGAUGUUUUGGUAAAUGGAGCUCCUCAACCUGCCAAUUUCAAAUGUAAUUCAGGUUAUGUGGUACAAGAUGAUGUUGUGAUGGGCACCCUGACAGUGAGAGAAAACUUGCAGUUCUCAGCGGCUCUUCGGCUUCCAACAACUACGACAAAUCAUGAAAAAAAUGAGAGGAUCAACAAGGUCAUUGAAGAGUUAGGUCUGAGUAAAGUGGCAGAUUCCAAGGUUGGAACUCAAUUUAUCCGUGGUGUCUCUGGAGGAGAAAGAAAAAGGACCAGUAUAGCAAUGGAGUUGAUUACUGAUCCUUCCAUCUUGUUUUUGGAUGAGCCCACAACUGGUUUAGAUUCGAGCACAGCAAAUGCUGUCCUUUUGCUCCUAAAAAGGAUGUCUAAGCGUGGACGAACAAUCAUCUUCUCCAUUCAUCAGCCUCGCUACUCCAUCUUCAAGCUGUUUGACAGCCUCACCUUAUUGGCCUCAGGAAAGCUCAUGUACCAUGGUCCUGCACAGGAGGCUUUGGGGUACUUCGAAUCGGCAGGUUACCGUUGUGAGCCCUAUAACAACCCUGCAGAUUUCUUUCUGGAUGUCAUUAAUGGAGACUCUUCUGCUGUGGUAUUAAACAGAGAGGUAGAAGACUCUGAAGCAAACAACUCUGAAGAGACUUCCAAGAAAGAAAAGCCAAUCAUAGAAAAAUUAGCUGAGUUCUACACCAAUUCCUCCUUCUGCAAAGACACAAAAACUGAGUUAGAUCACCUCUCAAGUGAUCAAAAGAAGAAGAGGAGCUUAGCCUUUAAGGAUAUCACCUAUGUCACCUCCUUCUGUCAUCAGCUCAGAUGGAUUACCAAGCGUUCGUUCAAAAAUUUACUGGGUAAUCCCCAGGCCUCUGUAGCUCAGGUUGCUGUCACAAUCGUAUUGGCACUGGUUAUAGGUGCAAUUUACUUCGGGCUAAGCAAUGAUUAUAGUGGAAUUCAGAAUAGAGCAGGGGUGCUCUUCUUCCUGACGACCAACCAGUGUUUCAGCAGCGUGUCGGCCGUGGAGCUCUUUGUGGUGGAGAAGAAGCUCUUUAUACACGAGUACAUCAGUGGAUAUUACAGAGUGUCAUCUUACUUCUUUGGAAAAUUGCUUUCUGAUUUAUUACCCAUGAGGUUUUUGCCAAGUGUCAUAUUUACUUGUAUACUGUACUUCAUGAUAGGAUUGAAACCACAGGCAGACGCUUUCUUCAUCAUGAUGUUAACCCUUAUGAUGGUGGCUUAUUCAGCCAGUUCUAUGGGACUUGCCAUCGCAGCCGGUCAGAGCGUGGUGUCUGUGGCUACACUUCUCAUGACCAUAUGCUUUGUGUUUAUGAUGCUUUUUUCAGGUCUUUUGGUAAAUCUCAGAACCAUUGCACCUUGGCUUUCAUGGCUACAGUACUUCAGCAUUCCUAGAUAUGGCUAUACGGCUUUGCAGUAUAAUGAAUUUUUGGAACAAAACUUCUGUCCAGAAUUAAAUAAAACAGAAAUCAGUACCCGUCCUACUGAAAAUUCAAUGUGUACUGGUGAAGAAUACUUGACAAAUCAGGGCAUUGAUCUCUCACCUUGGGGCUUGUGGCAGAACCAUGUGGCUUUGGCUUGUAUGAUGAUUAUCUUCCUCAUGAUUGCCUACCUAAAAUUGUUACUUCUUAAAAAAUAUUCUUAAAUUCCUAUUUACUGUGAAUUACUCUCGCAUUAAAAAGGAACACCUUUAGUAUACAA